UCUACAACCUUAAAAACAUUUGUCCCUCCCUCAGAAGCAGUUAAACUCUCUGCUUCUUCAUUCUCCACAUUACUCUCUCAUAUAAAAUUAUUGAUUAUUAAUUGUUGAAUCUUAUAUAGAAUUCAACAAGAUACUACCACCAAUAACAACCAUUGAAUAAGAAGCCAUCAUCAUUAUCACUUAAUUAAACAGAAACUUCUCUUUUUCCUUCUCAUAUGCUUCAACAACAACAACAACAACAACAACAAGAACAGUGAAUUAUAUAUAAUCCUAAGAAGAAGAUUAUGGGAAUAUUGCAUGAUGAUGUAGUGAUAUUCAGGGAGGCAGAGAAAGAAGGAGAUCCAACAGUGAUAACAGUGAACUGUCCUGACAAAACUGGUCUUGGUUCUGAUCUGUGUCGAAUCAUACUCUUCUUUGGUCUUAGCAUUGUAAGAGGAGAUGUGUCAACAGAUGGGAAAUGGUGUUACAUAGUAUUGUGGGUGGUUGGGAAAGAGAAUACAAGAUGGAGUUUGUUGAAGAAGAGGCUAAUUGGGGCAUGCCCUUCUUGUUCCUCAGCUUCUGGAAUCUCUUAUUACUCUUCUGAUUUCCAUCCACCUAAGCCUCCUCAUGUCUUUCUUCUCAAGUUUAGUUGCUAUGAUCGCAAAGGCCUUUUACAUGAUGUUACAGAGGCUCUAUGUGAACUAGAGCUUGUCAUAAAGAAAGUGAAGGUAUCUACUACACCUGAUGGCAAAGUCAUGGAUCUCUUUUUCAUCACAGAUACAAGAGAACUUAUGCAUACCGAAAAGAGAAAGGAAGAUACCAAAGAAUAUUUAAGAGGGGCAUUGAAGGAUGCCAUCAUUGAUAUAGACAUUGAAUUGGUAGGGCCGGCGGCGGAUGUUUGCUCGCCAGCAUCAUCGUUUCUUCCGGCGACAAUCACCGAUGAAAAAACGAUUGGAAACAGAACGCUAAUACGGUCGGAUGAAGUGACUAUCACUAUGGACAAUACUCUUAGUCCUGCUCAUACCCUUGUCCAAAUCAUGUGCCAAGAUCACAAAGGUCUUAUCUAUGAUAUCAUGAGAACUCUUAAGGACUACAACAUUCAGAUUUGUUAUGGUAGAUUCUAUGUUAAAGAGAGAGGAAAAUGUGACAUUGAUUUGUUCAUCAUCACAAAAGGAGAUGGGAAGAAGAUUGUAGAUCCAAAGAAGCAGCAUUCUUUGUCGUCCCGGCUUAGGACGGAGCUACUCCAUCCGGUCAGAGUAGGCGUCCAUAGCCGGGGACCCGACACGGAACUUCUCGUUGCCAAUCCUGUCGAGUUGUCCGGCAAGGGACGUCCUCUCGUUUUCUACGACAUUACUCUUGCUCUCAACAUGCUUCAAAUUUGCAUUUUUUCGGCUGAAAUCGGAAGACAUGUGAUCGGAGACCGGGAAUGGGAGGUAUACAGAAUCUUACUUGAUGAAGGAGGAGAAGGGUUAUCUCUUCCGAGGAAUAAGAUUGAAGAAGGAGUUUGGAAAAUGCUGAUGGGUUGGGAGUGAUAGAUCCAUGAUUUUGUUCAUAGUCUAGUGUACAAUUGUACAUAUACAUAUAACAAGCUCCUUAAUUUUUAUCCUAUAUAUAGUUUAUUAGGUGUUAUCUCUUUUAAUUUAUCAUAUUUGUCAAGUUACACAUUUGUAAUUCUAACUUAUAUGUAUAUAUAAGAAAAAUGAUAAGGCCAUA